AUGCAAUCAUCUGCAUUGCCUAAGGACCAAAAUAGACAAGAGAAGGAAGCUAUUCAGAUAAUUAGUUCUCAGAUAAGCUUGUUGAUUACAUCGCUUACACAGGAUAACUAUACGGCGGUAUCAAGAAAUAUAGAUUUUUUACUCGAGAGGUCCGAUACCCCUGUUUACGUAAAAUAUUGGAAAAGGUUAUUAACACUUUGCUCGAACGAUAUCAAAAAUACUCAUAGGUUACAAUCACCUGAGCAAAACUUAAUUCACGGAUUACUAGGGAAUUUAAUCUUUAGAUUACAAGACAAAGUUCCUUCAGUUUGGCAAUUAUUGAAGAAUCAAAUAUUUGAAAACGUUGAGUUUUUGAGCGAAUCAGAAUUAGAAACAAGUGAUAUCGAUCAAUUGCUACAAAAUCAGUGGGUUCAACAACCAGAUUACAGGAAAGAGAUAAAAGAGUUGGAACAAGUACAAAAUAUCAAGAUGAAUAACGCCAAAUAUCUACAAAACUUCUUAGCGGAAUGCACCGCGGCCAAUUUGGCCAACGAUUUGACCGAUCUACUUUUUUCAUUAAGUGGUGAAGCAAGAAAUGAUAUGACUGCAUUAAUGAUGUCGGAAAUUAUAUCUCCAGGUUCGCAAAAGUUGCAAAGAGAUCCUACAAAUAGUUGGUUUACACCUCUGGCGAUUCCUGAGGCUACGAAUAUUGGUUACCAAAUUUCUAAAGCUUUCAAACAUUUUACAAAGGAGAAUGUUAAUUGGAAUAGAAUCUUCAAUCUAAUGUCAACAAAAUAUUUCUUAGGGAAUCCAAUUAAGCCUUCCACAGCAUCAUUGAGUUCAUUUUUUGCAUGUUUAGAGACAGGUCCUUUAAUCGAUCAAUUUUUUAGUUGUGAUUGGGAUUCUUCUUUCAAAUUACAAAUAGCAUGUCUUUUACACCAUUGGUCCCCACAACAGUCGUGCUUUGAUCUACUAAAAGUGGAAGGUAUAAAGAAGGUAACCGAUGUGGUACCUAAUUCUAAACAAUCACUGCUAUACCUAAUGUCAGUGGCAUCAUUAGAUUUAGAACUUUUCCUCUUAAGAGAUGAAUUGGUCAAUCACCCUAUGCUACCGUACUACCAAGAAUGUUUUUUCGAAGAUUUUAAUUUGGUUCCGGAAUCUCUGGCUUUUGCCCUAGUGGCAGAUAUCAAGCAUUUUACACUAUUGAUAGAAAAUAGCACCAUAAUCGAUGAGAUAUUAGUGACAUUACUGGUACAAGUUUUUGAGAAAAGCCCCAUGGUGAUGGGCGUACUAAUUAAAUCUAUUUCAGAUAAUGAAAAGAUUGUGGACGCUGCUAAGAUUAUCAUUAGCAAAGAUAACUUACCAAUUGCCAAUUUUGCUAAAAUAUUGGCAGAUGAAGGUAAAUUAGAUUAUGUGAUAGCAAGGAUCUCCUUCAAUGAAGUAUUCCGUAUAUUACCAAGUGCCAGGAAAGUAGGUUGGGAUGGAUUUGGUGAGUUUGUAAAGAAUAAUUUGGAUGUGAAUACGGCUCCAGUGAUUUUAGAUUGUCUAGAUGCACAGACCAAGAUGACAGAUGCCAAUACUACUUUCAAAUCUUCCAAAAUCUUCGAUUUAGCUGCAUUGAGUUUUUUAAUAAAUCUCUUAAUCGAUUUUCCCUUGAAACCAUUCGAUCGUGAUAGAUUUGAAUCGAUUCAAUUCUCAUUGAUUAUUGCCUUCCCACGUUUGAUCAAUUUCGGAUGUGGUCAUGAUGAAGCUAUAUUGGCUGAUGGUGGAUUAGUACCAUUCACUACAGAAGUGGAAAAAGAAAUGCAAAGUUAUUUGCAAAAGAUGUACAGUGGUGAGCUGGCAAUCAAGGAUAUUAUCGAUGUAUUAAGGAGAUUAAGAGACAGUGAUGACACCAAAGAUCAAGACGUGUUUGCAUGCAUUACCCAUGCAGUUAUUACAGAAUCGAGCUUUUUUAGAGAUUAUCCACUGGAUGCAUUGGCAACAACAUCUGUUUUGUUCGGAUCGAUGAUUCUUUUCCAAUUAUUACGUGGAUUCGUAUUGGAUGUGGCAUUCAAAAUUAUUUUGAAUUUUGCCAAAGAAGGUCCAGAAUCUAAAAUGUUCAAAUUUGCUAUCCAAGCCAUUUAUGCUUUCAAGAUACGUCUCACUGAUUUCCCUCAAUAUUGUAAGGACCUGCUUGAACAAGUGCCUCGUUUACAAAGUCAGCCUCAGGUGUAUCAAGCUGUAAUAGAUGCUAGUGUUCAAGCGGAUAGGAGGGCACAAAAUUUCAUCGAUGAUGCAAAACCAACGGUUGAAAUGAUACCUCUAAGGUUCUUCAAUGUGGAAGAACCUCUUUCACAAUCACAACAAGAGGCGCCACCUAAGGAAAUCAUGGAAAAGGUAUUAUUUGUGGUUAAUAACAUUACCAUGGAUAAUUUUGACAGCAAGAUAUCAGAUUUAGGACCUGUUUUAAUCCCUAAUUAUUUUUCAUGGUUUUCAAACUAUUUGGUGAAUCAAAGAGCAAAGACUGAACCCAAUUACCACAAACUCUACAGCAGGCUUCUAACAGCACUUGGAUCUAAUUUGCUUCACGAGUACAUGAUAUCAGUUACUUUAAAACAAUUAUUUGUGAUGCUAGCAACGAAGGACAUUCAGGCUAUCGACAAGAACCAUUUGAAGAAUCUAUCAUCUUGGCUUGGUAGUAUUACUUUAGCUGUCGAUAGACCUGUUAAACAUAAAAACAUAGCGUUCAGGGAAAUGCUACUAGAUGCUUACCACACAAAGAGAUUAGAAGUCGUGGUUCCAUUUGUGGCAAAAAUAUUACAGAAUGCUUCAGAAUCAAAGGUUUUCAGACCACCAAACCCUUGGACUUUGGGUAUCUUAAAGGUUCUGGUAGAAUUAAAUGCAAAGGCAGACUGGAAGUUAAGUCUUACUUUUGAAGUAGAGGUUCUUCUGAAGGCAUUCAACUUGAAACCAGGAAGUGUCCAACCAUCAGAAUUCUUAAAUGUCGGUGACAUUACAGAAGAACUAUCAGGUGCGUUGAGCAAAAUGACUAUUGAACAACAACAAUCUGAACAGCAGAGACAAAUGAUUUUAAUGCAACAAUAUCAACAGCAAAUGUUACUAUUCCAUCAAAGACAACAGAGACUUGUCAACACGGGUAUGGUGCCACCUGUGGAGCAACUGCCCAUGGCAGCCGCUGCAGCUACUGUGGACAACGCUCCAGUAAAUGAUAACCCAUUUAGCAAUCUAUUCGGGUCAACGAUAUUCGUUACCCACCCAGAUUUGAAACGUGUUUUACAGAUGGCAAUCGCUAAAUCUGUAAGGGAAAACCUUCUACCCACCGUGGAGAUGUCGUCUAGCAUAGCUGUUGUUACCACACUCAAGAUCGUUCUAAAAGAUUUUGCUACCGAAGUCGAUGAAGUGAAAUUAAAGACCGCUGCUGUUACGAUGGUCAAACAUUUGGCACAAAGUCUUGCUCGUGCUACUUCGGUCGAGAUUUUGAGAGAAGGUGUUCGUUCUACAACCCAGUCUUUAGCUCCUAAUCUAAUGAGCCUUCCUACAUCUCCUGUCGAGGAAUUAGAUACCGCUAUCAAUGAUAAUAUUGGACUGGCGGUUGGUCUGGUGGAAAGAGCAGCUGUAGACAAAGCUGUACAGGACAUUGGUGAACAAUUGUUACAGCCUAUUGCUAUCCGCCGUUACCACAAAGAAAGAAGAGCAGAUCAACCAUUUAUGAGUCAAAACACGAACCCAUAUUCAUUGGCUCUACCAGAACCUCUCGGGUUAAGGACUGGCGGUGUCACUAAUCAACAGUUCAAAAUAUAUGAAAAUGCAGGUAAGUUUACUCCUGGUAUCGAUGCAACAACAGCAGCAACAACAGCGGCAGCGACAACAGCAACAACAACAGCACCUAACCUGAAUGUUCCUUCCUUGCAGCAAACAGCCAACCAACAGAUGUUACUACAGGCCCAACAACCUAGACAACAACCACAACAGGCUCAAAUGACUCAAGGAAACCAACAAAUUCCUCAACAUGGCCAGGGACAGAUCCCUAUCCCAAACCAACCAAUUGGAGUUCCUAGUGAAUUAGAACAAAAUCAUAGAGUUCUUGUUCAUCUAAUGGAUGGUCUAGUCAUGCAAAUUAAGGAGAACGCAGAGAAAAGAAGCUUGGAAGAUCUGGGUAACCGUAAUCCAAUCAAAGCCAUCAUUUUCCAAAUCUUAACUUUCAUUGCGAGAAGCUCUCAAAAGGAUCAGCUUGCUUUGAAAGUGUCACAAGCUGUUGUCAACAGUUUGUUUGCAACGAGUGAAAGCUCUUUGUGUAGAGAGGUAUUAUCCUUACUUCUGGAGAAAUUAUGUUCUCUUUCUAUUGUGGCUAGAAAGGAUGUUGUUUGGUGGCUUGUUUAUGCCUUAGAUAGCAGAAAGUUUAACGUCUCCGUUAUCAGGUCACUGCUUGAAGUCAAUUUGAUUGAUGCCACCGAGCUCGACAAAGUUUUGGUGACUGCUAUGAAGAACUCUAUGGAGAAUGCUGUCGAGUUUUCCAUGAGUUUAAUCCAGGACACAGUCUUAUCGGAUUCUCCAAUAUUAAUGCGUAUGGAUUUUGUCUGUACUUUAGAGUACCUGGGUAGCUUGGAUGAUUUUCAGGUAAAGAACUUCUUUAAUGAUUACGAAAACCGUCAGGUUCUUCCAGUAAAGAAGGGUACACAGGUCACUAACAGUGAGAGGAACUAUUUGGUAUUUACCGAAUGGGUUAAACUAUUACAAAGGGUCACUAGUGAUGAUGUGGUCACUUCUGUAUUCGUGCGCCAGUUGAUGGAAAAAGGCGUUAUUUCCUCCACUGACAAAUUAGUUGAAUUCAUAAGAGCUGCAUUAGAACUUUCGGUAUUUUCAUUUAAGGAAAGUGAUCCCACCGGUGAAGUGUUUACUACCAUUGAUGCGCUUGGGAAACUCAUAAUCAAAUUGAUGUUAGCCCAAGACUUAUCCUCCGUGAGCAGGACAGAGUAUCUGAACACCAUUUUGUCUGUGAUUGCAUUAGUCUUCUCCAAGGACCAUGAAGAAGACGAUACAACUUUCAACGAGAGACCUUAUUUCAGAUUAUUGUCCAACUUGCUUUAUGAAUGGGAAACUAUUCGUGGUCACAACUUUAUCAAGAUUAAAGACCAAAAGACGAGAAAAGAUUUCAUUUCUUUUGAUACUGAAUUUUACAAGAUUUUCUCAUCUUACUUACAUUCUUUACAACCAAUUGCUUUCCCCGGUUUCUCAUUUGCAUGGGUUACUCUAAUUUCUCAUAGGAUGUUUUUACCAACGGUUUUGAGGCUACCGGAGAAGAGUGGUUGGAAGAGUUUGACUCUUCUGUUGAUCGAUUUGUUAAACUUCUUGAAUCAAUACACCCAUAAAAAUGAAAUUCCAAAUGCUGUUUCGGUGGUUUACAAAGGUGUUUUGCGUGUAUUGUUGGGUAUUUCUAAUGAUGUUCCCGAAUAUUUGAUCGAAAACCAUCACGAGCUAAUGAAUAAUCUGCCAUCCACGUACUUCCAGUUGAAGAACGUUAUCCUUUCCGCAAUUCCAAAGAAGAUGGUUUUACCCAACCCUUACGACCCAGGAUUGUCCAUGGCAAACAUCGAUUUGUGCCAAGAACCUCCAAAAGUUUAUUACGAUCCUGUUAAUGACUUGAAAUCACUAAAGAAACCAGUGGACAAUUACUUGCGUAUUCCUUCCAAUUCUCUCUUGAGAACCAUCGUCUCUGGUUUGUACAGGACAGAAUACGAGAUGAGAAAUGGUGUAGGGUAUGAUUAUUUCACUACUGAUAUGAAACUUGUACGAGCAAUAGUUCUCCAUGUAGGACUUGAAGCCGGUCUAGAAAACCAAAAAAUGUCAUCCAGUGCUGUCUUCAACACAAAGUCCUCUUACUACACUUUGUUGUUCAAUCUAAUCCAUGAAGGUGUUACAGAGCUCAAGUAUCAAAUUAUUCAAGUCAUGAUUGAGCAAUUAAGAUACCCUAACUCACACACUUAUUGGUUCAGUUACGCUCUUAAGAACAUGUUUGUCUCUGACGACUGGGGUGAACAACGUUCUGAAGUACAAGAGAUAAUACUGCGUAACCUUUUGGAAAGAAUCAUCGUUAACAGACCUCAUGCUUGGGGUGUCUCAGUGCUAUUUUCUCAACUAUUAAGAGGCAAAGAUGUCAAUUUGCUAGAAUUACCGUUUGUGGAAAAAUUCCCCGAAAUUAAUGUUAUACUGUCUCAACUGCAUAAGCAUCUGUCAAUGGAAUCCGAAAACUCUCAACAAGAAAAUGGAGCUACAGAAUUGUCAUAA